AGGGCAAGUGGUUUUUCUCUUCCUAAGAGAUUCAUGAUCACAUAAAUUUGUUCCCUUAUUGUUUUACUUUGGUUUCCAUUGUCACCUUUUUAAAACCUUCAACCUUUUCAAUCUCUCCUAGUGGUUUCCGAAGCAUGUUUCUGUCGAAACAUGUCUUGUCUUCCACACACAAAGCCUUAUUCCAAAACUUGCGCCUUUUUUCUUUGCCUUCAAACUCGCACCACGUUCUCAGCACUCAUAGCCGUGACACCCAACUACGAGAGGCCCUUCUACAAAUGGCCCUUCGUGGCCAUGACAUGAACUUCCAAGACUACAACACGCUCUUAAACGAGUGUGUGAGCAAAAGGGCAUUUAGAGAAGGGCAGAGAGUGCAUGCCCACAUGAUCACAACUAACUAUUUUCCCUGUGUGUUCCUCAGGACAAGGCUAAUCGUAUUCUAUGUCAAGUGCGACUCUUUGACAAAUGCUCGGAACCUGUUUGAUGAAAUGCCGGAGCGGAAUGUGGUGUCGUGGACGGCUAUGAUCUCGGCUUAUUCUCAGAGAGGGUAUGCUUCUCAAGCCUUGAGCCUUUUUGUGCAGAUGCUAAGAACAGAUACAGAACCUAAUGAGUUUACUUUUGCUACCGUGCUUACUUCGUGUAUAGGUUCUUUGGGUUUUGUCUUAGGGAGGCAAAUCCACUCUCUUAUCAUAAAAUUGAAUUACGAAGCACAUGUUUAUGUUGGAAGUUCGCUCCUUGAUAUGUAUGCCAAAUAUGGCAAAAUUCAUGAAGCUCGAGGCAUAUUUCAAUGCUUGCCUGAACGGGAUGUAGUUUCUUGUACUGCCAUAAUCUCUGGAUAUGCUCAACUGGGUCUGGAUCAAGAGGCGUUAGAACUAUUUCGCCAGUUGCAAGAUGAAGGAAUGCAAUCAAAUUAUGUUACUUAUACUAGUGUUUUAACUGCACUUUCCGGGCUUGCUGCUCUAGAUCAUGGCAAGCAAGUGCACAAUCAUCUUCUUCGGUCUGAAGUUCCCUCGUUUGUGGUUCUUCAAAACUCUUUAAUUGACAUGUACUCAAAAUGUGGAAACCUCACUUACGCAAGAAGGAUAUUUGAUACCAUGCAUGAGAGAACAGUUAUCUCUUGGAAUGCGAUGCUAGUUGGGUAUAGCAAACAUGGAGAGGGAAGAGAAGUAGUCGAGCUUUUCGAUUUAAUGAGAGAUGAAAACAAAGUCAAACCUGACGGUGUCACAGUUUUGGCUGUGUUAUCUGGUUGCAGUCAUGCAGGACUGGAAGAUAAGGGAAUGGAUAUUUUUUAUGAUAUGACCAGUGGGAAAAUUGGUGUUGAGCCAGACACCAAGCACUACGGGUGUGUUGUUGAUUUGCUUGGUCGUGCUGGGCGAAUAGAAGAAGCUCUAGAGUUCAUCAGGAAGUUGCCUUUCGAACCAUCAGCUGCUAUAUGGGGUUGCCUUUUAGGUGCUUGCAAUGUUCACUUAAAUGUUGACAUUGGUAAAAUUGUGGGUCACCGGCUUCUAGAAAUUGAGCCUGAAAAUGCUGGCAAUUAUGUUAUUCUGUCUAAUCUGUAUGCUUCAGCAGGAAGAUGGGAAGAAGUAAGAUCACUAAGGAACCUGAUGUUCAAGAAGACUGUAAGAAAAGAGCCUGGAAGAAGCUGGAUUGAGCUUGAUCAAAUACUUCACACGUUCCAUGCUAGUGAUUGUUCCCAUCCAAGAAGAAAAGAAUUAUCUGCAAAAGUGCAGGAGUUAUCAGUCAGGUUUAAAGAAGCGGGCUAUGUUCCUGAUUUGAGUUGUGUUUUACAUGAUGUGGAUGAAGAGCAGAAGGAGAAGAUACUCCUAAGUCACAGUGAAAAGUUGGCGUUGUGUUUUGGUCUAAUUGCUACUCCUGAAAGUGUGACAAUCCGUGUAAUAAAAAACCUUCGUAUUUGCGUUGAUUGCCAUAAUUUUGCCAAGUAUAUCUCAAAGAUUUACGGAAGAGAAGUAUCUUUGAGGGAUAAAAACCGGUUUCAUCGAAUUGUUGGAGGAAAAUGUUCCUGUGGAGAUUACUGGUGAGAAGAUUUUGAUAUAGAGUAACCAAUGAACCUCUAAGGUGCUAAAAAAAAGGGCCUUCAACUUUAACCUUUAAUCUGUUUUCAUGCUGAAAUUGCCUCAAAAUUUAAAUGCAAUUCCAUCAAGAAAAAAGAGAUUGGUGUUGACUGACUAGGAUUGAAUAUUGUUUGGAUUGAAUAACUUACGAGUAGGAUGUAAUUUUAAGAGGAAUCAACACGGUAUACGUUAAAAUGCUUCAA